UGUCAUGUCAUUAUCAAAAUCUUUUUUGACAUAAUAUUGUUGUCAUUUUCAGUCACUUGUCACACAUUCGCAUUGGUAAUUUUUGAAAACUUAAGAAUUAAAAUAAUAAUUUAACGUUUAAUCAAUAUUUUUUACUUCGAAGUAACUUAGUUCAAGGCUCAGAAAGAUUUAUUUGAGAGGAUUACUGUGUCUUCAAACCUCAAACACAAUUGCCUCUCUAAAGUGCAUCAGUAAUAAACAAUAUGAAUGGGUGAUAAUAACAUAAAUAAAUAACAAGUGGAACCCAAUAUUUUUUCCACCAUGGAUAAAUUAACAGUAAUAUCAGGAACUCUAUUUAUGGCAGCUGAUGUUUUUGCCAUUGUAAGUCUUGCAAUGCCUGACUGGAUCAUUACUGAAGUUGGAGGUGACACACGGCUUGGUUUGAUGUGGUCCUGUAUCACUCUCUACAACCGACCUCAAGUCUGUUACACUCCAGACCUGCAAGUUGAGUGGCUGCUUGCUUUAAUUUGCAUAUUUAUUGGUUGUAUAUGCAUAACUACAACUGUUAUUCUUCUAGCUUCAAGCCAUUUUGAUAGAAAUGUAAUACCAUAUGCACGAUGGGUUGGAUUUGCAGCAAUGGUAGUGUUUUGCUUAGCAGCAGUCAUAUUCCCAAUGGGUUUCCAUGUGGAUGAAAUUGGAGGACAACCAUACCAACUACCAAACAGCCACCAAGUUGGCAUAUCAUACAUUUUAUUUGUUUUGUCUCUCUGGAUUACUGUGAUAUCUGAAUUAUUUGCAGGCAAGGUUUGUCUGCCUCAUUUUUAGUUUGUAAGUGCAAUUUAUUGGUAAGAUAUGCAUUCCAUAGUAAUAUAUGUUUAUAGUGUAAAUUAAAAUUAUAGGAA